CCGGCCUCCGCCUCGCCAUUAGCCGCGGCGGCGGGCGGGCUCCGCCCGGAGCGGCGGGGGGGGUUACCUGCGCGGCGCCGGGAGGCCGCGGGGCAGAGCGAAGCGCGGUAGGCGGCGGAGCAACCUCCUUCCGCUCACUCCUGUUUGCGGCGGGCCGCGUCGCGGCGGCGGCGGCCGGGCCAUGGUGCGGCGCGCCCGGCUGGCGCUGGUGGCGGCGGCGCUGGUGGCGCUGGGGGCGCCUGUGGGUCAGGGAGCGCGGGCCCUGGAGUGGUACACGGCGUGGGUGAGCACGGCCUACGUGGAGCCGCUCAGCAACCGCACGGUGCGGGGCAACACGGAGAGCGGCCGUUACGGGGACAGCUCGCCCAAGGAGAGCGCCCAGGGCCUGGUGGGCAUCCCCCGCGGCGCCUCGCCCCGGCACAUGGAGGGCUGCGCCACUGACACCGACUACGACGUGCCGCUGCCGCCCGGCGGCCGCGGGCCCCCCGAGGGCGACCCGCCACCCUGGAUCGCCCUGGUGGCCCGCGGCGGCUGCACCUUCAAGGACAAGGUCACCAACGCGGCGCGGAAGCGGGCGGCCGCCGUGGUCAUCUACAACGAGGCCCGGUUCGGCAACAGCACCGUCUCCAUGUCCCACCUGGGAACAGGAAAUACAGUGGUGAUAAUGGUUGGCUAUCCAAAAGGAAUAGAGAUAUUGGAGCCAGUACGAAGAGGGAUUCCAGUAAAAAUGACUAUUGUUGUUGGCACGCGACAUGUUCAGGAAUAUAUUAGUGGUCAGUCGGUUGUGUUUGUAGCCAUCGCCUUCAUCACCAUGAUGAUUAUAUCACUCGCUUGGCUUAUAUUUUACUAUAUACAACGUUUCCUGUAUACAGGAUCACAGUUUGGAAACCAGGGACAUAGAAAAGAAACCAAGAAAGCAAUCAGCCAGCUUCAGCUGCAUACUGUGAAACGUGGAGAAAAGGGUUUAGAUGUCGAUGUGGAAAACUGCGCUGUGUGCAUUGAGAACUAUAAACUGAGAGACACUGUCCGAAUUCUGCCAUGCAAGCACAUCUUCCAUAGAACGUGCAUUGACCCUUGGCUUUUGGACCACCGAACUUGUCCAAUGUGUAAACUAGACGUUAUCAAAGCUUUGGGAUACUGGCACCAGAAAAGAGAGAUGAAGACACAUGCGGGGGACCCUGAAGAUGUACUUGAAGUUCCAAUACCUGAAUCAAUAAGUGGCAGUGUUUCAGUUGGAAGUCUGAGUAUUGCUUUACAAGAUGAUGACAGAAAUGAAGUAAGCGAAUUGUCAGCUUCCUCCACUAAUGAAUCUGUAUUGCAGUGUACCAGUUUAAAAGAGGAUGCAGGUGAAACCACAGCAUUACUUGAUGUGGAUGUCAGUAAUAACCGACAUGGAGAACAUCUAUCUAAUGGAAAUUCCCACUGAACUGCUUCAUGGAAGAUAUCUUGAAUAGACUGUUGAAGAACUAUUAUUUUUUAUUUAAUUAGUAUGGACUUUUGUCUAGUUAACGGAAAAAAUAACAAUGUAAAUUAUUUUACCUUUCAAACUUUUCUAGCUGGUGUUCCAAAAGGGCUAAUAACUAAGAAUUUUGUACACAGGAGGACUUUAUAAAAUCUCCUCUGGAUGUCUCAUCCUAAAAAAAAGAUGCAAUAACCCUUUUUCUGUAAGCAUUGUUACAAUGUCAUUGUGUUCCAGAGGGCUGUAACAAAGAUGAAGACUAGGCAGUGAAAACAAUGUAGAAUGUCUAAAGGAUAACUAUUUUGGAUGCACUAUUUACAUUCAGUAUGUACACAUGGAGAACACUUACAAGACUACAGCUAUUAAAAUGCUCUGAAAGUUCUGAUCUGUUGUAAUAGGAGAUGGAUAUUCUUAGAAAAGACAUAAUCUAACCUUGAAGUAAUCAAAUAACUUCAUGGGUAUGUUGCAUAUCCUUUUUUUUGUGAUGAAAAAAUUACUAGUUGCAACUUUCCUUACGUGUAACAAAUACUAAUUGGAUCUUGUAAUGUGUUCUACUCCGGCUGGAUACUGAGAGAAAAAGAGACUUUCUCCAUCUUGCUAGCUUUUAUACUGAAUUUGGCAGUAAUACGUUGUGCUAGGCAGUCUUCACGUGCUGAGCAUGUAGACUUAUUUAGGUAUAUGCACACUGGUUACCUCUUUCAAUCUUAAACUCAGUAGAACAGAGGUAAAGGGCUAAUUAUGGCUAAAAUAUAUUUAUUAGUCUAUUUAUAAGAAUUUACUUAAUUCCUUCUUCCUCCUGCUCCCAUCCCGUCCCACUUCGUUACGUACAAAUGGCAACAGUUUCUUAGGAUCUGCAAAGUUUGGGUUUUGGUUUGGUUUUUUCGUUUCCUUUGUGUAGAGAUGCUGGACUUCCUCUGUUGGAUAUUCCACAUCAGGAGUUUUGGCUGGGUUUGCCAUUAGCUUUUAUUCCUUUCUUUUAGAUUAGCAGUAUUGUGCCUUAUAGUAAAACACUUAAGAAACCAGAAGCAUCUGAGAGUAAAUAUAAACCCUGGCGUCUCCCACUAUGACCUCUUAUUCAAAUAUUUAUAUACUGUAAGUGGUAUAAGGAAUUGCUAAACUGUUUUGUAAAGAAAUAUGUAUAUUUAAAACGCUACUUAAGAGUGUUAAGUGGUUUAGGAUUUUAGCAUUGUCAUGUUAUGAAUAAUAUGCGACAUUCCUCAAUUUUCUUUUGUAAAGCUGUUGUUAUAGGUUGCUUAAAACAGUGUCUUUUACUAGACGUUUGUUUUAGAGUGCAUUUUGUUUUUAAAAUGUAUAUUUGGAAUGUUUUUAAGAAAAUAUGCAAUUCUUUUUCUAACUUAUAUUGAGCUUCAAUAGAAGCAAUAACUUUUUUUAAUUUUAGAAUGAAUGUUCCAGAAAUGACAGAGGUUUCAGCUGGGGAAAUAUAAUCUGAACUUCUACUUUGCGGAGCAGAUGUUUCACCCUAAAUUUUCUUUGAAAUAUUCCUAUUAAUGCCUACUUUACAAAAAAUAAUCUGCCUCUUCCCUGUAGGAGUGUAACUUUUAGGUUUACUGGAGAAUUGUCAGGUUGUAGUUCUGAUGUCACCAGCAGAUGCAAGUUUUUGUAAUGCCUUUAUCUUACAAGAAGCACAUGAGAAUGGAAUAUGACUGACCAACCAUCUCCAACACUGAACAAAUAAAAAAACAACCCACAACUAAACCAAACAAACAUAUAGGGACACGUAUGUCUCCAAAAGAAGCUUAUCAACAUUUCCAGAACUGCCUUUUUAACUAUCUCUUCAAUAUUAAAAUCUAAGUCUUCUCCCUCUUCCUAAACACAAAACUGAACAUUGAUGUAGUAAAUGUUGAGAGGGUUUAAACUCUAGCUCAAGGAGGAACCAAAAGGCGUUAUCAAGAGAAGUCUUGUCAGUCUGUGGAUUGUGUCUUGCUGAUACCUGCAGCACAAUAUUCAUGCUGGAGGGGAGAAAUGUGGUGAUAUGUGAAGAUUUGGGAAUUGGAAUUGUAGAUUAAACAUGCACAAAUUGAGCUGAAGGCUUUUGUUUUUGUUCAGUAUGGGUCCUGAUCUCUCUCCUCAGAUAUCCUGCUGUAUUGCAAAACUUGAUUUGAGAAAGUUUUAAAAGUAGAAUGUCUCUAUAAUUGCAUGUGUUUGUGUGAAGAAUGCAUUGCCUGGAAAAUGUCCACUAUACUUCCAUUGGACCUCAAGCUACUUUUCACCAUCUGAAACAUGGUAAUGAUACUGCAUUUUUAAAUGAGCAUAUCCUUCUUAAUUCAGAAGAGCAAAAUAAUUUGAGUUUCCAUUGUUUUGUUAGUCUGAAGCUUAAGUCCAAAACUUCGAAGCCAGUUAUUUCUACUACGAACAUAACUGCAGAGAACCAUUUGAACUCGCUAGUCUCUCAACAACUAGUCACAAUUGACUGUCUCUUACGGUAACCUUGUACUCACUUGGUUGCGUUGUUUGGAUUAAGCACUGGGCUAUGUCUUUUCCAUUGUGUAUGUACAACUGUAAGAAUGUCAAAUUAUGCAUUGUUGUUGUAACUCCAUGGCUAAAAGCUCAAAUUCCGUAAUAAAUUAUACAGACCGUUGAAAAAGCAA